ACCUUAAUGUGUGUCACUGACAGAGUCAUUCUAACAUGAGCGCAAUGGAAAUGCAUCAGUGGGAAACUCGCAGAUUUCUUGGAGGGCAGAGCAUGAACUUAUCAAGGAAAACAAGCAGGAGCAACAGCUACCAGGUACCCAUGAAGGGAGGCUCCAGCAGGUACAUGCAGUAUUUCAGCAUGCGGUCAAAUAUAUUCCUUCCUGAUCUCAUCGAAAGGAAAGUCCACUUGGUUGAUGGAGACAAUAUCGACCACCCGAUGCAUCAGCCCUUUGAAUAUGACUAUGAGGGUCAGGACAGCAAAUGCCAGUCACUGGAUAAGCUGUCCCUCAGCAACCUGGGAGAUGAUACAGAGUUUCUGAAUGAUUUAGGGCCAAAGUUCAUGACCUUGGGCAACAUCUGUCACCAAACAGCUCCAGACAACAACACACAGAUUUGAGGGUCACAGCUGGAAUAUGAGUUUUACAUCAAGUAAGGCACUCGUCUUUACCCUGCACGCCAGCAUGGCAGUGUGUGUGUGUGUGUGUGUGUGUGUGUGUGUGUGUGUGUGUGUGUGUGUGUGUGUGUGUGUGUGUGUGUGUGUGUGUGUGUGUGUGUGUGUGUGUGUGUGUGUGUGUGUGUGUGUGUGUGUGUGUGUGUGUGUGUGUGUUUGUGUGUGUGUACAUGUACACACAGACCGCCAACAACGCAGGGGCGUAUUUUCAUCAAACUUAUUUCCAGGUGAUUAGUUUUUGGAGCAGAUCAGUCAAAGGUCAAUGUCAAAGUCGACAAAAAUAUGUUGCAUAAGGACACAUUUCCUAACAUAACUCUCUGAAUAAUAGUACAACAUAUUAUGUUGAUCAGAAAAUGAUGCCCCAUCCUAUGAUGUCAUUUGAUAGGUGUCAUGAAGAAGUCAGAAAAUGACAUCAUGAGUAGUUCAUUCUAGUUUAAUGAAGUUAAUUUCGUUAAUUUUUUCGAGCUUUCCCUGCAUCCUUUAGGACUAUA